GCCGAGCCGGGAGGGUCCGGGCCGGUGACCUUGCCGCCGAGGAUCUCGGGCUCCGGGCCCCGGGGCAAGAUGAGGUGGCGAGCCAUCCUGCUACACUAUUGUUUUCCUUUGAUUACAUGUCUUCUAAAUGGUUUGGAAGCUGUGCCUAUAGACAUAGACAAGACCAAAGUAAAAGAAGUUCCCGCUGUAGAAGGAGAAAAAGUAGAGGCUCCGGAUACCGGUCUUUAUUAUGAUGAAUACCUCAGGCAAGUAAUCGAUGUGCUGGAAACAGAUAAACAUUUCAGAGAGAAGCUCCAAAGCGCAGACAUAGAAGAAAUCAAGAGCGGGAAAUUAAGCAAAGAGCUUGAUUUAGUAAGUCACCAUGUCAGGACAAAACUUGACGAACUGAAAAGGCAGGAAGUGGCAAGAUUAAGAAUGCUAAUUAAAGCUAAAUUGGAUUCCUUUCAAGAUACAGGCAUAGACCAUCAUGCCCUGCUGAAACAGUUUGAACAUCUCAACCACCAGAAUCCUGACAAAUUUGAAUCUACGGAUUUAGAUAUGCUCAUCAAAGCGGCUACCAGCGAUUUAGAAAAUUAUGAUAAAACUCGCCAUGAAGAAUUUAAAAAGUACGAGAUGAUGAAGGAACAUGAAAGGAGAGAAUAUUUGAAAACACUCAAUGAAGAAAAAAGGCACGAAGAAGAAUCUAAAUUUGAGGAGAUGAAGAAAAAACACGGAAAUCAUCCCAAAGUUAAUCACCCAGGAAGCAAAGACCAACUGAAAGAGGUCUGGGAGGAGACGGAUGGGCUAGAUCCUAAUGACUUUGACCCCAAGACAUUUUACAAGUUGCAUGAUGUCAAUAAUGAUGGCUUCUUGGAUGAGCAAGAAUUAGAGGCUCUCUUUACCAAAGAGUUGGAGAAGGUCUACGACCCGAAAAACGAAGAAGAUGACAUGGUAGAAAUGGAAGAAGAGAGGCUUAGGAUGAGAGAACAUGUGAUGAAUGAGGUUGAUGUUAACAAGGACCGGUUGGUAACUUUAGAAGAGUUUAUGAGAGCCACAGAGAAAAAAGAAUUCUUGGAACCAGAGAGCUGGGAGACACUGGACCAACAGCAGCUCUUCACAGAGGAAGAGCUAAAGGAAUAUGAAAACCACAUUUCUCAACAAGAAAAUGAACUUAAGAAGAAGGCAGAAGAACUUCAGAAACAAAAAGAAGAGCUCCAACGUCAACAUGACCAACUUCAGGCCCAGAAACAAGAAUAUCAUCAGGUCGUGCAGCAGAUGGAACAAAAGAAACUGCAACAGGGAAUUCCUCCUUCAGGACCAGCUGGAGAAUUGAAAUUCCAGCCACCUGGACAAACCCAAGAAGCUGGGAAGGUGGAAAACCAUCCUGGAGGAGGUGGUCAGCAUCAGCCUUUGCCCCCAGGGCACGCACCCCCAGUUCAGGAAAGAGCAGCUGGAGCUGAUCACGUCCAAAUUCACCCUUAACCACUGGUGCCUCAACUUUACAUCAUGUCUUUUUGAAAGGGGACUAGAGUGGAUUGAGAAGUGAAAGGAAAAAAUCGAUUUCUCCCCCUGCCUGUACUGUAGUAUCUUUGGAAGUAUCACCUGUUUAUUUUAAGCCCGUCGGCUCUCCGUUUUCUCUGAAAGAUUACCUUCAGGUUUGGAGAAAGAGGAGCUGUAUUAAAGCAGAUCUCUUUCCUCAUCCCCUUUGCGGCAGUCGUCUGGCAGGGACCUGGACAGGAUCCAACCAGUGACCCGUUCUCAGGAGAAACCCAGAAUCCAUUUGAGCACCUCCGCAGAUCAUGCUGAAGGAAACGGGCCCGAGGACUUGCAUUUCCAGCACUGCCGACCCCUUUCUCCUUUCUGAGAUGACAACCAAAUCUCGACGCGAUUCCCUUCAGGUUUUUUUUUUUUAACGGAUUGCUGUCAAGGAUUAUGUGGAACGACGAAUGUCCUCUGUGUUUACAGAUGCCUAAGAUUUCACUGUAGAGCCUUGAGCGCAAUCUGAAGGAUUUUACUGCUUCCGUGGUGGCCGUCGGGCUGGAGAGUGAGGGAGGCAGACCGGACCCGACACGGGCUGUCGGCUCCUGGCCACGUGCUUGUUCCCAUAUUACUCCUCCCAACACUUCCGGCCCCCUGAGCCACCCCCUGAUUUCUGCAUGCUGUCUAGGUGACCUGUCUUAUCAAGGAAAGAUGUUGCAAGAAGUAGAAAGACCCUCCGCUUGUUUGUUUUUUUUGUUUUCUGGGCAAAUAAGGUCUACGUUCUAUCAUUCGACCAUUCCUCACCUGUUUUCCCCACACUGUCCAG